AUGGAAUCGAUGAUCCCUCCCCUGCGCUCGAUGGGAUUCACAACCAUCUGCCAAUCCACCAUCUCCCGGUUUGUCAAGAACGAAAGCCGGAUUCGCCAAUGCGCUGCAGAACAGAACGAGCAUGCCAAACGAGCGUCGGUGGUCGUCUUGCCCGAGGUCGAGGACGCGCUCGUAAAGUGGAUCGAGCAGCAACAAGAGCAAGGGUACUCGAUAAGCGGAGACGCGAUCGUCGAGAGGGGUAAAGAAAUAUGCGACGAACUUCAGGUUCCGGGGGAUCAGCGGAUUGGGUUUUCGAGAGGGUGGUUGGACAGCUUUAAGAAGCGGAACGGCUUGAGUUUGCGUCGGGCUGGGAGGUGA